CAGCCGGGUCACCCUGACGUGCCUCUCCCAGGACGGUGGAGAACUGAGGAGAUCCAGAGGCCAAAUCGUCUCCCCCUUUUGCACCUCCCACGGCCAAGGCUGGAGUUACAGGCCUGCCUCCCCCGGGAAUCUUGCUAGCCUGUAGAAGUCCUGCUCCCAGCCGAGAAGUGGUGGCCACAGGUCACAGCUCAGUGGCAGGACUGGCUCCUCCCCGCCGACAUGGUGGACAUGGAGAGCCCCCUGUGUCCGCUGUCCCCCUUGGAGGCCGAGGACCUGGAGAGCCCACUGUCCGAGUACUUCCUCCAGGAAAUGGGGACCAUCCAGGACAUCUCGAGGUCCCUCGGUGAAGACAGCUCCGGGAGCUUCGGCUUCCCUGAGUACCAGUAUCUGGGCAGCGGCCCCGGCUCGGACGGAUCGGUCAUCACAGAUACCCUGUCCCCGGCUUCCAGCCCCUCCUCCGUCAGCUACCCCGAGGUCCCCUGUGGCGUGGAUGAGCCGCCCAGCAGCGCCCUGAACAUCGAGUGCAGGAUCUGCGGGGACAAGGCCUCAGGCUACCACUACGGGGUCCACGCAUGUGAAGGCUGCAAGGGCUUCUUCCGAAGGACCAUCCGGCUGAAGCUGGUGUACGACAAAUGUGACCGCAGCUGCAAGAUCCAGAAAAAGAACCGCAACAAGUGCCAGUACUGCCGCUUCCACAAGUGCCUGUCAGUCGGGAUGUCCCACAACGCCAUUCGCUUCGGACGGAUGCCGAGGUCUGAGAAAGCAAAACUAAAAGCCGAAGUCCUCACCUGUGACCGGGACAGCGAGGGCGCCGAGACCGCCGACCUCAAGUCCCUGGCCAAGCGGAUCUACGAGGCCUACCUGAAGAACUUCCACAUGAACAAGGUCAAGGCCCGCAUCAUCCUGGCCGGGAAGACCAGCAGCCAUCCGCUUUUCGUCAUCCACGACAUGGAGACGCUGUGCACGGCCGAGAAGACGCUGAUGGCCAAGGUGGUGUCCGACGGCAUCCGCGACAAGGAGGCCGAGGUCCGCAUCUUCCACUGCUGCCAGUGUGUGUCGGUGGAGACCGUCACCAACCUCACGGAGUUCGCCAAGGCCAUCCCGGGUUUCGCCAGCCUGGACCUGAACGACCAGGUCACCCUGCUGAAGUACGGCGUGUACGAGGCCAUCUUCACCAUGCUGUCCUCCACCAUGAACAAGGACGGGAUGCUGGUGGCCUACGGACACGGCUUCAUCACCCGCGAGUUCCUCAAAAACCUCCGCAAACCCUUCUGCGACAUGAUGGAACCCAAGUUCAAUUUUGCCAUGAAGUUCAACGCCCUGGAGCUGGACGACAGCGACAUCUCGCUGUUCGUGGCCGCCAUCAUUUGCUGCGGAGAUCGGCCCGGCCUCCUAAAUAUCGACCACAUCGAGAAAAUGCAGGAGGCUAUCGUGCACGUGCUCAAACUCCACCUGCAAAGCAACCACCCCGACGACACCUUCCUCUUCCCCAAACUGCUCCAGAAGCUGGCGGACCUGCGGCAGCUGGUGACGGAGCAUGCCCAGCUCGUGCAGGUCAUCAAGACGGAGUCAGACGCCGCGCUGCACCCGCUGCUGCAGGAGAUCUACAGGGACAUGUACUGAGGCCCUGAGGCUUGUUCGGCUGCUGCCCCACAGGGAUGUCACAUGCUGCCACCCCUGCAGAGGACAAACGGGAGUGGCUCCCAUCUGCACCCUUUAACCUGGGAGGGGGAAGCCCGCCCCAAGGGGGCCUUUGCGGCAAUCAGCACUUGCUACGCAGCGCUGCUGCUCAGGACCUGGGAGAUUGAGGGCCGUCGUGAGCCACGGUCUGAAUCUAACUUGCACAUUCUUUUUACUGCGUGCAUAAUUUGCUACUUAAUUAAUGGGUAACCUCAAGAGACGCGGUCUGUUCCCUUCUGACCACGCUUUCUCCUGUCGUGUUCCCUCCUGAUGCGGAAGACUAAUCAGCACUUUUUAACAACUUUGGUAAUCCUGUAAAUCUAGAACUAGCCAAAGGUGAGGUAUUUAAAA